AUGUCUUUACACGAUUUAAUACCUUCCUCACCGGUUUCUACAACCUCUACUUUGACGGAAGAAAGGUCAACUCGCAUGAUGGCUAACGUUAUUAAAAAUUACAAGAUGGAAGAACUUAUUGACUAUCUACGUAGACAAGAUUUGGAUCUCAUUGAAGCGGAUUUCAAGAUAUUCCGUAAUGAAAGAAUCUCUGGUCGUGCAUUUCUCAGGACAACAGAAGAAAAGUUUCGUAAUAUUGGUUUCACAUAUGGGACAGCAACCGUUCUUGUAAAUUUUAUCGAAGAGAUAACCGAUCAAAAAUUAAGAAGCUUCUCGUCGUACAAAAUACUGGAUGAGUUAAAGGACGUUCUCCUAUUCGAGAAAAUCGAUGACGACGACAAAGCCCUCGAACAAUGUAUGAAUGAAAUAAUACUAUGGUUAACGAAUGUAAAAUCAAUGAUUGAGGCCAAUGAAGCAACACGUUGCGAAUUUAUUUCAUCUAUAUUACACGCAUCAAUAUCAAUUGUGCGAAGAAUGACCAACAAAGAGAUCCAUAUAGAAUUGCAGAGGGAUAUUUCGGGUGAAGAAGCGUCUGGUAGGGUUGAUUACGCCAUAACAGGGAUGGAGGAUCUUUUGUGUAUCACUGAGGGUAAACCACGAAAUGUUAAGAUUGGUUACUUCCAAAAUAUAAAACAACUCGAGAGUUCCUUCCAUAUUAACAAGAAGAAGCAAACUGCGGAUGAAGCAUUUAAGGCUGAGGAUUACGACUAUCUAUAUGGAAUAGUUUCCACUGACACUUCAUUGAUCAAAAAGCUCUCCGAUCAGCUUGAUAACCUACCUGGGAAGAUCGUAGAAAGUCUGUGUACAUCAACAACAAAAACAGACUAUUCAAGUGCGAGUAGUGUAAACUGGAGAAGAUUUAAGCCUAUUGCUGAGUCAGUUACCAAGUGGGAUAUUGAAGCAGAACCAGAUUUUCCAACUGAUACGAAUGAAAUUAGAAGGCUUACAAAUGAUAUUAAAGGACGGAUUAUGCUCAAUGGUAUAGCAAGAGAAGAUCAGAACGAGAUCUUAGUGACAGCUGACGUUUGCCCUCACCUUAAUGUCCUUCUCCAAGAUAGAAGGUUGAAAUUUAGUUCAAAAAAACAAAGUUUUCAAUCACAUAGGUAUCAUCUGAAGGCAUGGCAACGGAAAUUCUCUCAAGUACAAGUACUUGGGCCUCUCGAUUUCUUGACAAGUUCUUUGUCACAAGUGUAUGAAGUGGAGGCAGGGUAUUGUAUGCUUACAAAUGGUGUAGUCUGGUAUCUUUUUAAAGGUAUUAUACACAACGAUGAUUUGACAAUACAAUGUGCAGGUCCAUACUGGUCUGCAUCAACAGACUUGACAAAAGUUCUGUUACACAUUUUCAAUGAAAUUGAAAAGAAACUUAUUGCUGAGCCAAUUGACAUGAUUCUAUCUGUUUCCGAACAUGAGGAUGAUAAUGAUGAAGGUAGUAAUGAAGAGAUGGAAGGGAAUGAUAGGGAUGAGAAUGAUUUAUCAAAUAUACAGCAGGAUGUGAUGGAUAUGGAUAAUCGAAGCCAACAACAAAACCAGCAUUCUGAAAGUCAAGGAAAUUAUCAAUUUCAAAACUAUACUACUAAUAACAUCAAAUCAAAUGCCAAAUGUUAUAAGAAAGGUUUCAACAAGUCACUGAAAAGUCUUCCUGAUUAUUCGUCCUG